UUCCGAUCUCAGCACACAGCGGGCAGCCACAUCUUUAACACAUGACGGCAUCAUCGAAACCUCCCAUUCCGUCACCAGAUGAGAUGACAACAAAUGGAUAAAGGGAUUUUGCAGAUUUGAGCCCUUCGUGAGAAUAUUUGCAGCUAAAGAUCUCAUCACACUUGGUUAAGUGUCAUCCACCGCGCAAAGUUCAGCCGCAUCUGAAGGAACUUUGGAGAGUGUGGAGUUUGGAGGACUCAUUUUAGACUUUCUGAACUGGAAACAUUUAUUAAGUCGAUUUGCAUUCUUGCGCGCUCUAGGUGAUGCUUUUUUGGGGAUCGUUUGUGCGCAAAGGGAAAUUAUCUGUCUUUGACACUGCCGGGGCUUUAUUUCUGACAAUGAAAAGCAAAUGAGACGCUAAACGCAUCACUUUUGUUGACAGCACAACGACAGGAUGCGGGAGAGGGAACUGCAGCGUGUGGGCAGGAGAUUGCUGCUGUUGGGCAUCUGUCUGCUGUCUCUUUGGGGUCAAUUGAGUUUGGCCUCAACACAUCGCAGCCAUAUUGUGCAUGUCAAAGCUGGGACCUGUGAGGUCAUUGCUGCCCACCGCUGCUGUAACAAGAACAAAAUCGAGGAGCGUUCCCAAACUGUCAAGUGCUCUUGCUUCCCUGGGCAGGUUGCUGGGACAACAAGAGCAGCUCCCUCCUGCGUGGACGCUUCUAUAGUAGCACAGAAGUGGUGGUGUCAGAUGCAGCCAUGUAUGGAGGGAGAGGAGUGUAAGGUGUUGCCGGAUCUUAAAGGCUGGAGCUGCAGCACAGGAAACAAAGUCAAGACGACCAAGGUCACACGAUAAACUGGGAUAUACAUUUGGGAAUAGCAGUGUACUUUUUCCCUUUUAAUCAAAGCAAUGGAAAUGAAGAUACAAAGACUUCAGACUCCUUUACAACUAUGGAAAUCAAGUUUUUGGACCUUGAGAACUAUAUCCCUUGGAAUGGACCA